AUUCAAAUUUAUCCAAUUCUUCUGAACUUUAUGAAGCAGUAAGUACAUUGCGUGCACAAUUAUUUGGAUUUUUGAAAAUAAAAUUUGAUAGAUUUUGAGCUAUAUUCUGAGAAGUUGAAUUUUCCGUCACAACUCUAGUUUGUGAUAGAGGCCUUUAUCAGUUAGGUGUGUGAAGUCAUGCCUCAAACAUACUUGGUCACCUGCAGUACAUAAAAUUUCAGGUACAAACAAGAUUACGGUAAUUACUAGCUUUUCCUUGAAAAUUAGAAAUGAAACAUGUAAUUUUCCAACUACUGUACUUUUUAGAAUAAAGUAGUCUCUGAUCUACUCAGCUUCAGCUCAUUAGCUAUUCCAUCAAUUAUUCUCACUUCCAUGGUUACAUCCCACGUUUGUUUCGUUCCACUGAACCAUUUUCGUCUCUUUUUGUAUUCUCUAUGGGACAAAAAAGUUCCAGAACCGCUCCAGAACAUGUAGAAGAAGAUAGACAUAGCGCCUGGGGAAGUGAUAUUGAUGAAACAUUAUGUGGCCCAGGAACUCUUUGUGCAGACGACUGGACCCCAUUCAACUCUGUGCCAACAAGCCCUGAUUCUGUCAGAAGGCGCUUUAGUGAAGCUCGUCUUCAGGAAGAUGUUAUUACAGAGCAGCCAAGAUUAUUUGACAAUCAUUCUCGUGAACAAGAUGACGAUAGAAUGAUGAAUUACGAAGUGAUGACUAUUCGGGAAGUUGAAUCACCGAUUAUUCUACCUGGUCCAAUUUACACAACGGAAACACAUAAGAAGAAAAGAAAAGUGAAGAAACAGCCAAAGCGAAUAGUUAGAAGAAAAAUGAGAAAGCAAAGAAAUACUUCAACUUCUCGAAAUACUCAAAAUAACGAGGAUGUUACUGUAUUAAGAAACUUUAAUAGUAUAAAGCACCAUCAAAAACCCAGAAACAUUGCAUAUCGUCCAAGACAUCACUCCAGAAAAAUUCGAGUACAUCAAGACCCACGUUAUCCAACAAUUCCUCCACCUACUAUCAACUAUGGUCUUAAAUUCAGGAGGUGCCAUCCGGAUGAUAAAAAUCGAUUUGUAAAAGCAGUGCCACCGAGUCAUCUGAAAGGAAAGUCAAUAUCCGCAAAACAACCAUUUAGAUAUCGGGGAAUCCCAAAAAUUAUAAUGUGAUUCCUGCUUUAAUUUUUGAAAGUUGUAUAAUCAAUUAAAGAAUUUGAGAGCUCAAA